CUUAGCCUAAGCACGCGCUUGCCAGUACUAUUGUUCAGUUGUUUGAAAAAUGUUCACUCUUUAAUUUUAUAUCAAUUUUCUUACAUUUUAUAACAAAAAAUUUGAAUGAUAAAUUUCUUACACUCUUCUUGAUCUACUAAUUCUAACCGCGCCAAAUAUAAAAUGUCUCUCCCCAUUCCUGAGUGUAUGGAUCUAAUGAACCCAACUGGUUUAUCUAGUCGUGCAGACGUACGUGAUGAUUUUAAGAAGCAUACCAUGCAACCAACAUGCACAGGGACGUCUGUUGUUGGAAUCAAGUUUCGAGAUGGAGUCGUUUUAGCUGCUGACAUGCUGGUUUCUUAUGGGUCUCUUGCCCGUUAUAUGGAUUUUGAACGCAUGUUUAAGGUUAACAAAAAUACUGUGAUGUGCUGCAGUGGGGAUGUAGCGGAUUUCCAAUUUCUCAAACAUUAUGUAGAAGAACAAACGCAUCUCGAAAGUCUGAUAGCCGAUGGUUUUCAGAUGAGUCCGCAUGCACUUCAUAGCCUUAUUACGCGCAUACUAUACAACCGUCGUAGUCGUUUGGAUCCAUUGUGGAAUACGUAUAUUGUCGGCGGUUUAGAGUCAGAUGGAAAACCGUUCUUAGGGUACUGCAAUAUGCUCGGAGUCUCAUUUGCCGAUAAUUGUGUUGCAACCGGUUUUGGUGCUUAUUUUGCCAUUCCUAUACUAAGAGAAUGUGUGGAGAUAAAAGCGAAAGGAGAUCCAAACAAUAUAUCACAAGAAGAUGCUGUUGCUGCAAUAACAAGCUCUAUGAAACAAUUGUAUUUACGUGAUUGUCGUGCCUUCGAUACUUAUCAAAUGGCUAUUGUAACUAAAGAUGGUGUACAAAUUCAGGGUCCAUUAAAAUUGAAAUGUGAUUGGUCAAUCGCUGAAUACGUUCAUGGUUAUGACUAACUGCAUAUCUUUAUAUUGAAAGUCUUUCUUUUCAUGGGAAAUAAAUAAAUUUCUGAUUCAUUA